UUCACGCAUGCGUGUUUUGUGCGGUCAGGUCAUAGAGGAAGUAGUGAAAGCAAAUUAGUAGCUGCGGUUGAAACUGCGCGAUUGAAGUGAACUGUGUUUUAUUAUUUAAGAUUAUUGAAAAUAGGUCUUCUUAAGUUAACGGUAUAAGGACCAGAGGACAGAUGUCUAACAGAAGGGAGUGGGAAUCGGUUAUGUUCCAGCUACAUCAGGAACGUCAGCUCAUGCAAGUCCAUGGCACAUUUGUGGAUUUAAUAAGUGGACAUGCUUCCAGAUAUAAUGGAUUAGACCCUUUUAACCAUGGUUUUUUUGGUCCAGGCUUCGAUUUUGGCGGUGGCUUUGUAGAACUGGAAGAAUAUACAGAUGAUGACAGUGAUUAUGAAGGCUGUAAGGAUAAAAAAGAAUUUUGUGGGUUCCAAAGGAAUUUCCUGGAUCAUCAUCCACCAAGGUCUAGGAGUCCUCAACUACUCCAUCCACCGUAUAGAACAGGACUUCAACAAAUUAUGCGUGAGCAGGCAGAAAAAAAUGCCAAAGAAUUAGUAGAGGAGGAAGAAAGACUUAAAGUAAAAGCAGAGAAGAAAAGGCUUAAGAAAUUGAAACAAAAAGAAAGAAAGCGUAAGGGAAAAGAGAAAGGGCAAGAGAAUGCAGUUAAAAAUAAAGAUGGGGACGAUCAUGAUGUAGAGGAAUCUGUUGUGAAGCCUAAAUUCUCAAAUAGUGAGAGCGUAAAUGAAAAAAGUGAUAAAGCUACAGCCUGUGUAUCUACCGAUACUGGACCAGCUGUUCCUUUAAAGAAGACUCAAACCAGCACUUCUUCAGUACAGAGUAAACCCAACAAUAAUGAACCCUCUGAGGAUGAAGAAGAAGAUGAGGAUGAGGAGGGGGAGGGAAGCGAAGUGGAUAGCAUUGCCAGUGACCUAGAGAUGCUUGAUAUGAACAGCUGCUUUGUGUCCAAGGCAGCCACAAUAGCAAAGCGUAAGCUGGAGCUCAAGGCCAAGCCGGAGAAAAGGGAGGAGAAGGGCCGGAGUUUGAGAAAGCAGGAGCCGAAGCAGCAGAAGCAGCAGCCGCCGCAGCAGCAGCGUGGGCAACGGCAGGUACCGGACCCACACCAGAGCAGGGCGGAGCCACAGCAACAACAGCAGCAGAAUUCUGAGGUGGCCAGCAUUGAGGAUGUUGUGAAAAGAAGCACGGAACUGGCAGUUAUUGGUAACCAGUUGGGAAAUUCUGGACGCUUUGAUAUGGCAGUGAUGUAUUUUACUGACGCAAUAAAACACAAUCCUAAAGAUUUUCGGUUGUUUGGAAACCGCUCCUUCUGUUAUGAGAAGAUGCAGCAGUAUGAGAAGGCCCUGAUCGACGCCGAUAUCAGCCUGGCCAUGAGCCCCGGCUGGAUCAGAGGCUUGUACAGGAGGGGGCGCGCUCUCGCCGGGCUGAAGAGAUACAGCGAGGCGGCGGCCGCUUUUAAGGACGUUCUGCAGCGUGACAGCUCCUCUUCCGACGCUGCACAGGAGCUGAUGCGCGUGCAGAUCAUGCAACUAAUGGAAAUGGGUUUCUCGCGAGAGCAGAGCUCCAACGCUUUGAUAAUCCACGGAACAGUAGAGAAAGCUCUGGAAGCCUUUUCCAAUAUCCAGGAUGAAAAGUUUGGCAGGAGCACCCCCCCAGCGGCGAACGCCAGCCAGUCAGCUGGGGAUGAAUGGGUCGUUGCUGGGCAGAAGGCCCAGCCCCCAGCCAACCAAGCGACCCAGCCGCAAAUCCAGCCCAAAUCCCACCCCAGACCUCCAGUGAAGGUCGGCCCUGCCGUAAGAAAGUUGGAAGCGACACCUGAACUGUUCCCAGUGUGGGUUGGAAACCUGGUCCCUGCUGUAUCCCAGACAAUUGUGCACAAACUAUUUAGCACCGUCGGGCCCGUUCACAGCGUCAAACUGCUGCCGACCCGGCGAUGCGCCUUCGUCAACUACACCAGAAAGAGCGACUGCGAAACGGCCAUCGGCGAGUUCAACGGCAUGGCGCUGGAGGGAGCCGUGCUGUGCGUCCGCUACCCCGACCGGAUCCACACGCACCUGGGCGCGUCCACGUCAGCCAAACAGUCCGCCAACCUGGCCUUCAGCGCCGCGCCGAAGACCGCCCCCGCAAGUUCAGGCGAGUGCUUCUUCUGGAGGAACAACGGAUGCAUCAAAAAGGAGAGGUGCAUCUUCCAGCACAUUCCAAGCCACAAGGGCAUCGAUAAGGGGAAAGACAAGCUGGCUCCCUGAGCUGUUUUUCCCUUUCCCUACUGACAACGUCAACGCCAGUCGUCUGUCUCAGUCCCAGUCUUCAUGACCAUGUGAUCUUCAGUCCUUUUUUCCCCUGGAAAAAACAGACCUGAGUCAAAUACGUAUUUGUUUUGGAUUCAAGUUCUUUUCUGUGCUCUAUUGAUCUUGCCUGGUGUAAUUUGGCCUGCCAAUAUGACCAGGAUUUGCACUUUUUGAGAGUAUUUAAUUGGUUCCAAUACACCAGACAAGAUCAGUAAAGUGUAGAAAGGUAUUUGAAUCGAAAAACAAAUACGUAUUUGACCCAGGUCUGGUGACUGUGAAUAGCAGCUUGGAAUUAUGUAUUUUCUAUUUAAUAGGCAACAGGCUUUCGACCUCUGCAUUUGGCUUACUUUUAUAACUAUUUUUAGUUUUUUAGUAUUUCGCUCAGCAUCUUACCUGCACGUUCAACGAACUAAACGCGUCCUUUAAAAAAUAAUGUACUUGCAAAAACAAUGCUGUAUUUAAAAUGCCUUUUGGACAACUAUUUACACUUAACAUUUAAAACUGACUUUUAUUUACCACCGGGUUAGUCAAAGUAAAGGAAUGUUGUCGAGUUUCUGCAGGUGUACACAGAGUAACGCGGCUCGGUUUUUGUUUAUGAGCAGGAUGUCCUUAGGCGUUUGGCUUUCCAUAACCCAUGUCAUUACUGUAAACACCAGAUCAGCAGCUUCUCCAGUCUUACUGUUAAGGUAUUAUCAAAGGGAAUUUCCUGGGCACCGCUACAUCCUGUAAAGGGCUACUAUUGAUAAUAUGCCGUCUAAUUUUUAAGCGGCAUAUUAGGUAUCAUAUCUUAAUGAUGCUUGAAAUCUUUUGAAAUCCCCAAGUUUUCUUGAGGGGAUAUUUGAAAGUGAAGGCGCAAGAAAGAACAGCAGAACAUAUUUUGUAAAUGGAAGCUAGAGGCGUGUCCCUCUCACCAUGCCAACCAUGUCAUUGAUUCUAGGUAUAGAUAUCACUUUGUACAAAGCUAGUAUGUUAUUCUCCUUAAAGUAGUGUACUUCACCUGCGAGGUGGGAACCUUGUUCACAGUUUAACUGAAUGAGCUGCUAAUGACAAAUCCUUGAGUUUCUUCACUAAAACUAAAUUGGAAAAUGACCUUGAAGAUAUUUGGGAUCUGUAAUGGUUCUUACCUUUUGAAUAAUAUUUUUUUAAAGCCAGCUAGAGAACAUUUUAUUAAAAUGUGUUAAUUUCCACGUUGUGUUAUAUGUCACAUCUGGUGUUGUAAUAUGUUUUGGAUGACGUUGACCCAAGUUUUGUGUUUCUUGCACAAUUUUUAGGAUCACUGAAAUUUUGCUUGGAGCAGCAGUGACCUUUUGAAAACUGAAUGCAAUUUAAGUCAGCCCUGUUUAAGUUCCUUAAACUUCCCGUUUCACAUCACAUUGACAAAAAUAAUACCUUUGUUCUGCACUAGACAUUUUUUGUUCCCUGUAAAUGGAUGUUAAGACAUUGCACUAAUUACUAAAAAGCUAAUCAUUUGUUUGUGAUUAAUAUUAAGGCUUGUACUUUGACAGUUUUAGCCUCGGCAUCAAGGAUGUAUUUUUAUUUUUUAUAUUUAAAUUAUGUAGGCCCUGACUUAUUUUAAAGACCAGUGGUCAGUGUUAAGAUUCUGUUUUUAGAAGUGUUUGCCAAUUGAGUUAUUGAAAUGGUUGUGCGAAAUAAGUUUUUUUUUUAUUUUUUUUUUUAUCAACCCCCCCCCCCUUUUUGCAGUAAAUGGGCACAUGCCAGUAAGUGCCCCCAAGUAGUCACAAUGAAGUGGUGAGACCUCAUGGGACCGUGAAGUUUGAACCAGUUUGAAACUUCAGUGGUUUUAAUCAGUAAGCUAUUGAUGGCAUUUUCGGUGUCAUGAUGCCUUACCUACAGUAACAGUUAUUACUAAUAACAGAAUUUUGCCAUUUCAAAUGUCAUGCUUUUUUAUGAUUUUCAUAAAACGCCAUAGAAUCACGCUGGCAACAGUUAAUCUAGAGACCUGUACUGUAAAUGAGUAAACUGCAGAUUAAGCCAUAUAGUCUCAUUUCUUAACAGCAGCCUUUAAUGAUAGUAUUUUUCUUGUGUAUUUUGACCAAAUUUAUAUGGAUAUUUUAUGUGAACUUUUUCACUCUCUUCCUCGUGGGUUGUUAGUCUGUCCUGUUGUGCAACGGUGCAUGUUGAUGCAUUUUGACGCGCAACAGGACUAGAGGAGCUUUGCUCAAGAUUACAAUAUUAUUCCAGUAUCAUUCCUGAAAAUCCAUGGAUAUUGUAGGAAGCAGUUUCAAAUAACCCUAGUGUUCUUGAAAAUCCGAUGGAACUUACUAGAAAAAAUAGUAUAUGCAAAUGGAAAAGGUACUAAACUAAAAGUUGAACUUACUUGUAAACCAAAGUUUUUAGGGCAUCCAAACAUUUAAAAACCGAUAGUAUAUUAGCUACACCGGUGAAAAAAUUGGUAUUUACCAAUGGCAUUUUUAUGUGGCCACUUAUUUUAGUGGUCUUUUGAGGUCUAAAUGCUAAUCUUCUCUAGCAAUCACUCUUGCGUUCCCAUUGUCUAGAUUGGGAAAUGUGGACUAGUCUUAAAUCCAGGUUCACUUUGUGACUUUGGCCUUAAUCUUGAGUCUUGAUAACAUUCUUGCACUUUUUUUCCAUUCAUGUUGGCAAUCACUGAACUUCUGAUGCCCAAGUAUAUAUUUCUUUCUUAACAACAGAUAAACUUGAGUGCCCGUUAUUUAUAGUGUUUACUUUAGAAUUAUUCUCAGAAGAUCUGUUUGGAUGUUGAGUGAUUUAUAUCAGCCACAGCUCCCAUGCUUAUAAAAUGUAUCAAUUUGCCAAAAGUGCCAACAGUUUUUCUUUUCUGGUUGUUUCAAGAGUUUCUUCUUAAAGAAUGUUAAAACUGAGAAUUUAUUCCAAUGUAACAUGCAAAUGUUCUGCCAAUAAAUCUGUUAAUCUUGCA